CGGGGCUCGGGGGGCGGGCGGGGCCGGGCCGGGGGUGGCGGCGGCAGCGGGCAGGGCGUCCGCACACACCUCCCCGCGCUGCCGCCGCCACCGCCCGCACUCCGCCGCCUCUGCCCGCAACCGCUGAGCCAUCCAUGGGGGUCACGGGCCGCAACCGUCCCGGGGCGGCCCGGGCGGUGCUGCUGCUGCUGCUGCUGCCACCGCUGCUGCUGGUGGGGGCCGUCCCGCCGGGUCGGGGCCGUGCCGCGGGGCCGCCGGAGGAUGUGGAUGAGUGUGCCCAAGGGCUAGAUGACUGCCAUGCCGACGCCCUGUGUCAGAACACACCCACCUCCUACAAGUGCUCCUGCAAGCCUGGCUACCAAGGGGAAGGCAGGCAGUGUGAGGACAUCGAUGAAUGUGGAAAUGAGCUCAAUGGAGGCUGUGUCCAUGACUGUUUGAAUAUUCCAGGCAAUUAUCGUUGCACUUGUUUUGAUGGCUUCAUGUUGGCUCAUGACGGUCAUAAUUGUCUUGAUGUGGAUGAGUGCCUGGAGAACAAUGGCGGCUGCCAGCACACCUGUGUCAACGUCAUGGGGAGCUAUGAGUGCUGCUGCAAGGAGGGGUUUUUCCUGAGUGACAAUCAGCACACCUGCAUUCACCGCUCGGAAGAGGGCCUGAGCUGCAUGAAUAAGGAUCACGGCUGUAGUCACAUCUGCAAGGAGGCCCCAAGGGGCAGCGUCGCCUGUGAGUGCAGGCCUGGUUUUGAGCUGGCCAAGAACCAGAGAGACUGCAUCUUGACCUGUAACCAUGGGAACGGUGGGUGCCAGCACUCCUGUGAAGAUACAGCUGACGGCCCAGAGUGCAGCUGCCAUCCACAGUACAAGAUGCACACAGAUGGGAAGAGCUGCCUUGAGCGAGAGGACACCAUCUUGGAGGUGACAGAGAGCAAUGCCACAUCAGUGGUGGAUGGGGAUAAACGGGUGAAACGGCGGCUGCUCAUGGAAACGUGUGCUGUCAACAAUGGAGGCUGUGACCGCACCUGUAAGGAUACUUCGACAGGUGUCCACUGCAGUUGUCCUGUUGGAUUCACUCUCCAGUUGGAUGGGAAGACGUGUAAAGAUAUUGAUGAGUGCCAUACCCGCAAUGGAGGUUGUGAUCAUUUCUGCAAAAACACUGUGGGCAGUUUUGACUGCAGCUGUAAGAAAGGAUUUAAAUUAUUAACAGAUGAGAAGUCUUGCCAAGAUGUGGAUGAGUGCUCUUUGGAUAGGACCUGUGACCACAGCUGCAUCAACCACCCUGGCACAUUUGCUUGUGCUUGCAACCGAGGGUACACCUUGUAUGGCUUCACCCACUGUGGAGACACCAAUGAGUGCAGCGUCAACAACGGAGGCUGUCAGCAGGUCUGUGUGAACACAGUGGGCAGCUAUGAAUGCCAGUGCCACCCUGGGUACAAGCUCCACUGGAAUAAAAAAGACUGUGUGGAAGUGAAGGGGCUCCUGCCCACAAGUGUGUCACCCCGUGUGUCCCUGCACUGCGGUAAGAGUGGUGGAGGAGACGGGUGCUUCCUCAGAUGUCACUCUGGCAUUCACCUCUCUUCAGGAUUGCAAGGGGCCUACUCUGUCACCUGCGGCUCUUCCUCUCCUCUCAGGAACAAACAACAAAAAUCAAAUGACUCUGCUUUUGGGGAUGUCGCCACCAUCAGGACAAGUGUAACCUUUAAGCUAAAUGAAGGCAAGUGUAGUUUGAAAAAGGCUGAGCUGUUUCCCGAGGGUCUGCGACCAGCACUACCAGACAAGCACAGCUCAGUAAAAGAGAGCUUCCGCUACGUAAACCUUACAUGCAGCUCUGGCAAGCAAGUCCCAGGAGCCCCUGGCCGACCAAGCGCCCCUAAGGAAAUGUUUAUCACUGUUGAGUUUGAGCUUGAAACUAACCAAAAGGAGGUGACAGCUUCUUGUGACCUGAGCUGCAUCGUAAAGCGAACCGAGAAGCGACUCCGUAAAGCCAUCCGCACGCUCAGAAAGGCCGUCCACAGGGAGCAGUUUCACCUCCAGCUCUCAGGCAUGAACCUCGACGUGGCUAAAAAGCCUCCCAGAACACCUGAACGCCAGGCAGAGUCCUGUGGAGUGGGCCAGGGUCACGUAGAAAACCAAUGUGUCAGUUGCAGGGCUGGGACCUAUUAUGAUGGAGCACAAGAACGCUGCAUUUUAUGUCCAAAUGGAACCUUCCAAAAUGAGGAAGGACAAAUUACUUGUGAACCGUGCCCAAGACCAGGAAAUUCUGGGGCCCUGAAGACCCCAGAAGCUUGGAAUGUGUCUGAAUGUGGAGGUCUGUGUCAACCUGGUGAAUAUUCUGCAGAUGGCUUCGCACCUUGCCAGCUCUGUGCCCUGGGCACGUUCCAGCCUGAAGCUGGUCGAACUUCCUGCUUCCCCUGUGGAGGAGGCCUUCCCACCAAACAUCAGGGAGCUACUUCCUUUCAGGACUGUGAAACCAGAGUUCAAUGUUCACCUGGACAUUUCUACAAUACCACCACUCACCGAUGUAUUCGUUGCCCAGUGGGAACAUACCAGCCUGAAUUUGGAAAAAAUAAUUGUGUUUCUUGCCCAGGAAAUACUACGACUGACUUUGAUGGCUCCACAAACAUAACCCAGUGUAAAAACAGAAGAUGUGGAGGGGAGCUGGGAGAUUUCACUGGAUACAUUGAAUCCCCAAACUACCCAGGCAAUUACCCAGCCAACACUGAGUGUACAUGGACCAUCAACCCACCCCCCAAGCGCCGCAUCCUGAUCGUGGUCCCUGAGAUCUUCCUGCCCAUAGAGGACGACUGUGGAGACUAUCUGGUGAUGCGGAAAACCUCUUCAUCCAAUUCUGUGACAACAUAUGAAACCUGCCAGACCUACGAACGCCCCAUCGCCUUCACCUCCAGGUCAAAGAAGCUGUGGAUUCAGUUUAAGUCCAAUGAAGGGAACAGCGCUAGAGGGUUCCAGGUCCCAUACGUGACAUAUGAUGAGGACUAUCAGGAACUCAUUGAAGACAUAGUUCGAGACGGCAGGCUCUAUGCAUCUGAGAACCAUCAGGAAAUACUUAAGGAUAAGAAACUUAUCAAGGCUCUGUUUGAUGUCCUGGCCCAUCCCCAGAACUAUUUCAAGUACACAGCCCAGGAGUCCCGAGAGAUGUUUCCAAGAUCUUUCAUCCGAUUGCUACGUUCCAAAGUGUCCAGGUUUUUGAGGCCUUACAAAUGACUCAGCCCACAUGCCACUCAAUACAAAUGUUCUGCUAUAGGGUUGGUGGGACAGAGCUGCCUUCCUUCUGCAUGUCAGCACAGUCGGAUAUUGCUGCCUCCAGUAUCAGUGACUCAUUAGAGUUCAAUUUUUAUAGAUAAUACAGAUAUUUUGAUGAA